AUGAAUGAGGAUGUCAUUCUGGACUACUACAAUAACUUCGAUGUUGAUGAUGGAAUUCGUGAUAUCCCUGAGAUCAACAAAGGCCUAGAUUUGAAUCUUCUAGAAGGAGACAUUUUAGAGACCAAAGAAAAGAGUGCUCUAUUAGGAGAUCAGUAUCGAUGGGAGUCUCCUGUCCCUUAUGUGCUAAACGAGGACCUUGAUAUCAAUGCCAAAGGUGUUAUUCUGAGGGCCUUUGAACAGUUCAGGUUGAAAUCAUGUAUCGAUUUCAAGCCGAGAGACAGCGAGGAAUACUACAUUUCAGUUGAAAAGAAGGAUGGGUGUUACUCCUAUAUAGGGAAAAGAUUCAUUAAUGGACAGAUACUCUCCAUCGGUGCUGGUUGUGGCACUGUUUCUGUUGUUGAGCAUGAGUUCCUUCACGCUCUGGGCUUCUACCAUGAACAGUCCAGAUAUGACAGAGAUGAUCAUGUUACAAUUGUCUGGGAAAAUAUUGAAACAGGAAAAGAGCACAAUUUCAAUAAAUACGGUGAGGAUCUAAUCACUACCCAGGGUACUCCAUAUGACUACACUUCUGUGAUGCACUACGGGAAAGAUUUAUUCACGAAUGGAAAUGGACCCACCAUUAUCACAAAGUUUCCUGAGUUCCAGGAUGUGAUUGGUCAGCAACUGGACAUGAGUUUCUAUGAUGUAGUAGAACUCAACAAACUCUAUAAGUGCAACGCAUCCAUCUCAUUCCUUGACCACUGCAGUUUUGAUAAUGAGAGUCUGUGUGAGAUGAGUGUCUGUUCUCACUCUAGCCUUGGGUGGGAAAGAGUGACUAAUGUCGCUGGAGGUCCCCACUCUGACCACACUUACCUAGGGAGUGAAUCUCAAGUUGGAUUCUUCAUGCACUUAAGCACAGUAAAUGGUCAGGAAGGUGACAGAGCAAAACUGGAGACCAGGACCAUGACACCAAGCAGAGACUGUAAAGUUCAGUGUCUGCAGUUCUUCCAUUACCACAGUGGAAGUGAAUCUGACCAGCUCAACAUCUGGAUCAGAGAGUUUGACAAUGAGGCUGACCCGAAUGGAACACGCAGACUCAUGGGCCAGAUCACAGGUUCCCCAGCCAAUUACUGGCAGCUCCAUCAUGUACCCCUUAAUGCUACGAAAGCGUUCCAGGUGGAAUUCGAGUCACGUAAAGGAGCAGGAAGUUCCACUGGUGGUUUUUCUGUGGAUGAUAUUAACCUGUCAGAGACUGAGUGUCCACACAACAUUUGGCAAAUAAGAAACUUUGAGGAGCUUUUGACUUCAAGUUCUCCUGGCACUUAUAUCUAUAGCCCUAGGUAUUAUUCUCCUGAAGGCUAUGGCUAUCAGGUGUUUUUAGUGCUCCAGCGAGAGUACUUUUCCAUCUAUGUACGUCUGGUGUCUGGGGACUAUGAUGAUCAGCUGCAGUGGCCUUGUCCAUGGAGACAAGUGACCUUCUUACUGCUUGACCAGAAUCCUCACAUCCAGCAACGCAUGUCAUAUCAGCUGAGCAUUACAACGGACCCAACUUAUAUUAGUGGUGGUGUGUUUUAUUGGGACAACCCACGGAAAGUUGGAACUCCGAUUGUCAUGAACAAUGAAACAGUGUAUGUAAACGGCGGAUGGGGUUACCGAUAUUUCAUGUAUCAGAAGGACCUCAGUAACAGAGCAUUUGUUAAGGGUGGUGACAUCUUCCUCCUCCUCAGUAUGCAGGACAUUUCCGGAUUACUGCAGAAGGAUACUGUGCCCUGUCCCUCUGUGCCUGAGCAGAACUUCAUGGGUUCUCCAGAAGACCAAGCUGAUGAGGGUCCAUGUGUAAAAAGGAUAAAGUAA